AUGUCAACAUCUUCAUCCGAUGGUCUAGACGAAAGAAUAGACGAACUUGUUGAUGAAAUAGUUGAAGAUUACUACAACGACAUAGUGGAGGACCAACCCGAUGAUGAGGCGAACCGUGCUUAUAUUGAACGAGACCGUGAAGGAGGAGAUGAUCAGUUAUGGAAUGACUACUUCAGUGAAGACCCGACAUACUCGGCACAAAUAUUUAGAAGACGUUUCCGCAUGAACAAGAAUUUAUUCCUGCGUAUUGUCAGAGCCCUCAAGCAGAACUUUAUAUUCUUUCAGCAGAGAAAAGAUGCAACCGGUAGGUGGGGUCUAUCAUCACUUCAAAAGUGUACGGCGGCUAUUCGUCUGCUUGCUUAUGGUACAGCGGCUGACUCGGUUGACGAAUAUCUCCGACUUGCGGACACUACAGCACACUCUUGUUUACAUCAUUUCACUGACGCAGUUAUACACUUAUUUGGUAAUGAGUAUCUACGACGACCCACAAAGGAGGAUCUUCAACGACUACUCUAUAUUGGAGAGCAACGCGGUUUUCCAGGGAUGGUCGGGAGCAUUGACUGUACCUUAAACGAUAUUAAUGUCCUCGAUCGGUCUCCGGUUUUUGACGAUAUCUUAGAAGGUCGAGCUCCGAGGGUAAGGUACAUGGUCAACGGACACAUGUAUAAGUUGGCAUACUAUCUCACGGACGGUAUAUAUCCAAAGUGGUCAACAUUUAUCCAAUCUAUCACACUCCCUCAAUGUCCCAAACAAGCGUCAUUUGCUAAAUGGCAAGAAGCAGCCCGAAAAGAUGUCGAGCGGGCAUUUGGAGUAUUGCAAGCUCGGUUUGCGAUAGUGAAAAACCCGGUUCGUACAUUGGACAGAGAGAAGAUAGGGAAGAUUAUGAGAGCAUAUUUUCAAGAAGGAGAAUCUUCGAGAACCUCGGAGGUCCUAAACGAAAUUCCUACAUUGUUCAAUGAUACAUUUCCCGACCGCAAUGAUCUUCGUGAUAGGCAAACUCAUGAUCGAUUGAAGAAUGAUUUGAUCGAAAACAUUUGGAAUAAAUUUGGUAAUCAAGAUUAA